AUGAACACUGCUCUUGUGCAACUAUCAGACUGGUCUUAUGAUUCUAAUUUAGCUCUCAAUGCAGGAAAAACCAAAUGUAUGGUUUUUUCAACUCAGCAGAUGGCAAGUACUCACUCACUACAUUUGCACGAGACCAGUCUAGCGGUUGAUGGUAAUUUAUUAGAGCGAAUACGCGUCACAAAACGCUUG